CACCAUUGAUGUUGUUAAUAAUAAUUAGUAAAUAUGAAGAAAAUACUGGAAUGUGAAGAAAACUUAUCAGAUGAAUUUCUAGACGAGCAUGUCUCAGUCUCAAGUGUAAAGAAACUAUCUCACUUGGAAGAAAAUAUGUCUAACUCUGCAUUUCAUAGUGAAGCUUCUUUCAGACGUUCACAUAAAUCAUGAACGCCUAGAGUUGAUUGAAAUAACCCUGAUGCUUUCUCUAUGCAUAAAGAGAGUGGGAUGGUAUGGAAUCCUUUCCAUUCAGAGAAGAUGAUCUCAGAAUUCUCACCAAGAAAUCAUAACCUCCAAAGCGACAUUAAAGAGCUGCUUCACCAAAUUAUGAACUUACGUGAGAGAUCUCACCACCAUCUUGACAUACCUCCAAAAGAUGGUGAAAGAAAAAGAGAUGGUAACGCUAGGAGGAAGGCAUAUGUCAAAGAGAUAACGAUGAAGGAUAUUGAGAAGCCUCAAAUAUCCGAUUAAUUAACCUUAAUAACUUUAUCAUAAGAAUUAUUCUC